CGGCGCGGCCUGGGUUUGCGCCGGCGUCUCCUGCGACGGCGUCUUCCGUUGUCGCCGGGUGUGUCCUCGCCGUCCUCCGGUUCCCGGGGCCGCCGCGCGUCCCCUCGCGAAGCAAGCAUGGCGAUGAAGGCCGUGUGCGUGCUGAAGGGCGACGGCCCGGUGCAGGGCACCAUCCACUUCGAGCAGAAGGCAAGUGGUGAACCAGUUGUGGUGUCAGGACAAAUUACAGGACUGACUGAAGGCCAACAUGGGUUCCACGUUCAUCAGUUUGGGGAUAAUACUCAAGGCUGUACCAGUGCAGGUCCUCAUUUCAAUCCUCACUCCAAGAAACAUGGUGGCCCAGCGGAUCAAGAGAGGCAUGUUGGGGACCUGGGCAACGUGACUGCUGGGAAGGAUGGUGUGGCCACUGUGUCCAUUGAAGACCCUGUGAUCUCUCUCUCAGGAGAGCACUCCAUCAUUGGCCGAACGAUGGUGGUCCAUGAGAAGCAAGAUGACUUGGGCAAAGGUGGAAAUGAUGAAAGUACAAAGACUGGAAAUGCUGGAAGCCGCUUGGCUUGUGGCGUGAUCGGGAUUGCCCAGUAAACAUUCCCUGUGUGGCUGAGUCUAACUCAUCUGCUCUCCUGCUAAACUGUAGGAAAAAACCAUUAAACUGUAAUAUUAAAAGUA